AUGUUUCAGGAAGAUUUAGUAGCAAAGGAAAUGUAUACCCCCGUCUUCGAUUUGCGGAAACUGAAAUAUGGGCACACUAUUAUUGGGCCGGCAAUCAUAAUUGAUGCCAACAGCACCAUUGUGAUCGAGCCGUUUUGUAAAGCAACAGUCACUUGUGAAGGCAAUAUUGAAAUUUCGGUCGAAAGCGCAAAACGAAUUGAAAUAGGGGUGGACGUCGACCCAAUACAACUUUCCAUCUUCAGCCAUCGUUUCAUGUCUAUCGCCGAGCAGAUGGGUCGAAUUCUUCAGCGAACGGCAAUUUCAACAAAUAUUAAGGAACGUUUAGAUUUUUCAUGUGCGCUUUUUGGUCCGGAUGGCGGCCUUGUUGCCAAUGCACCA